AUGGCUCACUUGUUCAGGCUAACUCGGGCCUUCUUUUUGCCAAGCGCCUGCACUAGAGAGGUGAUUUUUCGGCUUUCUACUGCAGCAGGAGUAUCCCGUGCUGCGGAGAGCGCCCCGCCACUGCUUAGGACAGGGAGCCAAGAACCCUCCACAAGUGUCCCAGGGGGCCGGUCGUGUAGCAGCAACUUGCGGCACUUUAAUUCCUUUGAAGAGAUUGUAGAUGCCAACUGUGGUGCGAAUGACCCAGUAUAUCAGCACCUAUCGGAGCGCAGCAUUGAUGCCUACACGGCAGACAAAGAGACCGUCGACGCGCAACUGCUGCCUGUGUUGAAGGAGAACAAGCUUGUGUUGUUUCUGGAGGGCACUGUAGAUAGCCCUAAAUCACUUCUGUCUUUGAACGUCGUCAAAAUGCUCACGCAGCUCCAAGCUGUCCCUCUUGUGGCCAUCGAUGUCACAGCCCACCCAGCGAUCCUGGGAUUCGCACUCACUCACGGAAGGAAGAACCGGUGUCCGCUUUUAUUUUUGGAUGGAGUAUGCCUUGGGUCUCAUGACGCGUUGUUGCAUCUCUACCAAAGCGGAGCAUUGGCAAGGCAGGUCGCCGGCCGGUUACCACCUACAAGUCCGUACUUCGCAGGCGAGCUGCCCAUUGCGCUGUAUUGA